AUGGUCCAAGGAUCUCGACAGUGGCAUGGGAAAUUACCGUUUGCUCUUUUAGGAUAUCGUACAACUAUCCGUACAUCGACUGGCGUAACUCCUUAUUUACUAGUCUAUGGGACUGAAGCUGUAAUACCCGCAGAAGUCAAAAUUCCCUCUCUUCGAAUCAUCAGUGAAGCCGAAAUUGACGAUACUGAAUGGGUCAAGUCUAGACUAGAACAAUUAUUGUUAAUAGAUGAAAAAAGGUUGACGGCAGUCUGCUUUGGUCAAUUAUACCAGAAAAGGAUGGCGCGAGCUUACAAUAAGAAGGUUUCACACCAAAUGCAAAAUAAAGAAAAACGCGCAAAAUUGACCAUGGCUCCCAGUGAAAUUGAGCAGAGAUUGUUGGGCGUUCACCGCUUUGUCAAGGACAGAGAGUCAGUUAAGAUAAGUGUUACAAGUGAAGCAUUUGAAAAUGAAGAGCAAAAUCGUACUGAAACAAACAGAGAUACAACAGAAUUUGAAAGACAAAGAUUCAAGCUCGCCAACCAAUUAGUUGAAUCAACU